AGGGUCUUGGAGGUUACCCUCUCGGGUUUUAUAAAUACCUCGAGUUUAUUUUUCUUUUUCCCUUGUCGCCUCUGGACGUCUUUUCCCAAGUAGAGCACGUAAUUAAAAAUAAACCGAGCUUCAGGGCGAAAUGCCCUCCCUGCCUGCUACAUUUGAGGAACAUUUAUUUUCGACGUCCACUGCUCGGCAUUCGAGAUAACGUAUACAGCGAGGGAGGGCAUGAUUAUUGUGAAAACAAAAAACCGAGGAUUUUGCCAAAGUUUUGUAAAGGCAGACUUCACGGUGCCGACAAAACGAGGACCAACUUCACGCUGAACAAUCGUCCAUCCGUGGGAGUACAAUUGAUCGUGUGAAAACCUGAACUGGAUCGGAAAAAGGGCCCCGCGAGUGCGUUGAAAAUAUGCCCGGGAACGAGGACGCGUCCCGCGAAAUGUCCCAAAGGAUAUCCGAGUUGCGCCAGGCCCUGCAGGACCUUCGCUCGGAGCUGCACCAGGAAAAAAUCGAGCUACAACGGAUGGGCCACGAAUCCUCGAUCCGAAGGACCGACUGUUUCCGAGGUGGGUCGACAUACAUGAACAAGUGGUUGGAUAAAGUGCCGUUUCUAUUACUCGUCAUUCUGCAUCCCAAUGCGAAACUUGAAUGCAACUGUUUUUCCUUUGCUUCGAAAGGUGAUAACGACGCCGAAGCCCCGAGCUUCUCCAGCAUCCGCCCGCCGUACCCGCCGAGCCAGACAAUGUACGAGGUAAGCAAUCAAAAAAACUAGAGCUCUAUCGCAUAGAAAUGUCGAGCUUGGUAGACACCAUGGGUUAAUUUCAACAACU